AUGUCUAUUGAAGAACAGAUGGCCCAUAUGAGCGAAGCGGUCACGAAACUGACGAAGAUGGUCAAAGAGAAGGAUGCACAGAUUGCUUCUCUCAUCAACAAGUGGGAAGCACAUCAGGAUAAGGAGCCUGGUCAAGAUGCAAACAAGAAAGGACCACAUCAUGAGGCUGAAUCUAGCGAGAAAGGAUCGAGUCAUGAAACAGAGUCGGGUGAGAAGUCGCACGGAAAAAUUGACGCCGCCUCGGUGGGUUCUUUGUCGGUCCAACAACUUCAGGACAUGAUCGCGAACACCAUCAGAGUUCAAUACGGAGCACCUUCCCGAGACACGCUCAUGUAUUCUAAGCCAUACACCAGGAGGAUAGACAACUUGCGGAUGCCGACAGGAUAUCAACCUCCCAAGUUCCAACAAUUUGAUGGAAAGGGCAAUCCAAAACAACACAUUGCACACUUUGUCGAAACAUGCAACAAUGCUGGAACGGAGGGCGACCACCUGGUGAAACAAUUUGUUCGGUCCCUGAAGGGAAAUGCAUUUAAUUGGUAUGUAGACUUGGAGUCCGAGUCCCUUGACAGUUGGGACCAAAUGGAGCGAGAAUUCUUGAACAGAUUCUAUAGCACUCGAAGCACCGUGAGUAUGAUGGAACUCAUGAAUACCAAGCAAUGGAAAGAUGAACCUGUCGUUGAUUACAUCAAUCGAUGGCGUUCAUUAAGCUUGGAUUGCAAAGAUAGGCUUUUGGAGAUAUCAGCAGUCGAGAUGUGCAUUCAAGGGAUGAAUUAG